AAAGUUUUUCCGAGUCAGCCACCGAGUUUUAUCCCGAGUCUCAGAAAACUCGCCGUCGCGAAAACCAUGGGAGGAGGAGCACACAAGAACCUCAUAUUCGUGUACGGUACGUUAAAAAGAAACCAUCCAAACCAUUUCCUCUUAGAAAAUCUGAUCGCUAAGAACAACGCCGUUUACAUCGGUCAACGCACGACCCGGUUAUCGUACCCGCUCAUCACGGGUCUCUACGGGAUUCCUUACUUAAUCAACAAAUCCGGGUCGGGUCAACGGAUCCGGGGCGAGCUUUAUGCGGUUUCGAAACGUGGGCUUGCAAGGCUUGACGAAUUGGAAGGGAUCGAAGUUGAGCACUACGAGAGAUUGCCGAUUGAAGUGAUCGAGGAAGACGAAUCAAACGGCGUCGUUUCGGCGGAGGCUUACUUUGCUCAUUGUAGAUUCGGCGAGCGGUUGUGGGAGAAGAGAGGAAAGUGUGGGAUGUGUGAAUUCGGUGAAAACGACGGCGUUUUGUAUGUUAGGCCUAAGGAUAGGCCAAGGUUUAGCUCUGUUCUUGAUGAGAUUGAAGCUUUUGUGUCGUCGUCUACUACCGAUUGAAGACUAAAUUGAUUCAAUGGUCAUCGCUAUUUCGAAAAUGGGUAUAGUUCAAAUUCGAUUCCUUGCUUCUAUUUUCUAGACUAAUGAACCUUAUUGUGUAGAUGAUUAUGAUUAUGAAGUUGAAGACUAAUGUACAAUCUCUUUUCAAGGCUUAAUCACAAUGGGUAUAGCUCAAAAUUCUAUCUUUUGCUGCUAAUUUU